AUGGACGAAAACGCAAACUCGCAUUCUCCUCGCUCGCGCUCGCGCUCUGAGUCCCAGUCUCGCUCGAAUUUGUACCAUGCACAUGGCCAGAAACACAAGCACAAGCACAAGCACAAGCACGGGGAGAAGCAUAGGGAGGAGGAGCAUAGACACAAGCUUAAGCAUAAGGUGACGUUGAAGCACACACAGGCGCAGGCGCAGCAGCAGGGGACACCGAAGAUUUAUAUCCCGAGGCUUAAUGCCAGUACGAGUGUCUCGAAUGCAUCGACCUCGAAUUCGAUGGUUGCCUCGGGCUCAGGCUCGGGUUCAGGUUCAGGGCUGACGCUCGUCAUACCCUCUCUCAAGAGUCUCAAAGCUGCACAAUCCCAAUCUCAAUCACAAUCACAAUCGCCGUCGCAGGCACAGGCGCAGGUGCAAGCAUCGAUUACGAGCAGAGCGGCCGCGGCCAGCUCGUCUGCUGCGACGCCGGUGGGCAGACAUCAGCAGCACAGACACCACCACCACACGGCUGUGUAUCCGUCUCCGGAAGUCGACAUUGACAUCGAUGUGGAUGACGAUGAUGAUGGAGAUGCGAAUGCGGAUGUGGAUGGUGUUGUAGAGGUCGAUGACCGUGGUCAUGAUGGUGGUGGCGGCGGUGGGGGUGAGGGAUAUGCUGAGGGCGAAGGCGAAGGCGAAGGAGAGGGUGCGGGUGCGGGUGGGGACGAUGAGGAUAUGGCGGACGAUACAACGCCAACGCCCACGCCAAUUCUACCGCCAACGGCACUGCCAAGUACGAAUGCAACUCCAGCUCCAGCUCAUACGGCGUCGCCUACGAUAACGCUGAAUUCGCGGGUCAAGGCGAAGGGGAAAUGGAAGGAUAAGGAUAAGUGGAAGGAUAGGGACAGGGAUAGAGAGGAGAAGGCGCAGAAGAUCCCGCGGCCUGUGAAGCUCAAGCCGCUGAAGGAGGUGCUCGCGAAGCUUAUUGCGCAGCUUAAGAAAAAAGACGACUACGCAUUCUUCCUCCACCCCGUCGACACAGCCAACGUGCCAGGCUACACAGACAUCGUCAAGCGGCCCAUGGACCUCGGCACUAUGGGCGAUAAAGUCGCCAGGGGGCGGUAUCGCUCGCUUGAGGAUUUCACUUCCGAUUUCAGACUAGUAACGACCAACGCGAAAAUAUUCAACCCACCGGGUACGAUCUACCACACAGAAGCAGAACGCCUCGAAACGUGGGGGUUGGAGCAUAUCGCCAAGGCGUCGGCGACGGUUAUACAGUAUGAGACGGAUUGGAAUAUUGAGAUUGAGAAGGAUGAUGAGGGUGCGGGGGGUUCUGGUAGUGGUGCGGGUGGUGGUGGUGCGGGUGCGGGUGCGGGGGGUAUGGGGGGUUUGGGAAGGGGCACGGGCACGGUGAAUGUGGACGAGGACGACGAAGAGCGAGAGCGAGAGAGGAACGGUACGCCCAUGGACAUCGACACUCCCGCAGGCCGCGGCGAACGCUCCGUGUCCGUUUUAUCCCAGCUUCCUUCCUCCUCUUCGCACUUGCACCAGCACCAGCAGCAGCCUUCGCGGCGCGGGCCGCGUGGUCCUUACAAGAAACACGGACAGGGGCAUGGACAGGGGCAGGGACAGGGACAGACGCUCUCGGAGACGUUGGAGCCUGAUGGAGGAUUGCCGGGCUCGAAAGAUGGGUUGGGCGCGUUCCCGCCCGGAUCGGAUUGGGCGCGGAUGAUGGUGCUUUUGAAGCUUAAAGGCAAACGGUACAAAACGAAAAAAGAACGACUGAGAAUCGAACGUGAAGGACCGCCGGUGUUGCCGGAUGGGAGUUUGGAUUAUAGUGAGAUGGAAGACCCAUUCUCAGUCCUGUCCCAUCUCGUCCCCGACCCGCCCCUGCCGGGAAGACCGGUUCUUGGGCCUGUUUAUCCGCCUUUUUGGGGGUCUGGGUCUGGGUCUGGGGCGGGGGCGGGGUAUCCGUCGGGGAAUGGGGCGGGGGCGGGUGUUGGGAAUGGGAAUGGGAAUGGGGCGGGGGUGGGGGCGACGACGGCGAAUGGGGCGGCUAUGGGUGCUGUGAAUGGUGCGACGACGACGACGACGACGCAAGGUGUAGGGGCGGGAACAGGCGCGGGUGUGACCUCGACGUCGGGGCUAUCGACGUACCCUCCUCUACCGCUUCCUGUUCCUGUACCUGUACCUAUACCACAGCAGGGGCAGGGGCAGGGUGUAGCCGGCCCUUCAUCCUCUGUGUCUGUGUCUUCGCCGGCGGUUGGACAAGCAACUGCGUCAGGAUCAGGAUCAGGAUUGGGAUUGGGAUCGAGUUCGAGUUUGGCGCCGGCGCCGAUUGCGGGCCCGAUUAAAGUUGAAGCGUCAGCUUCGACGUCGACGUCGACGUCUUCUUCUGCUGCUGGUGGUGGUGGUCAACACGGACACGGACACGGAGCAGGAAAAGGAACGGGAACGGGGAUGUAUCUAGGCCCGACGAGCGUCGGACUCGAGCGGCGCGCGUUGGAUUUGCGGUUUCUUGCUGGGCUCUCUGGUGUUGGUGUUGGUGGUCUCUCUGGUGGGGCGAAGACGAAGAGCGGUGGUACGGCUCGAGCUGUCAAUGGGAGUGCGAAUGGGAAUGGGAAUGGGACGCAAACUCCAACUUCAACUCCAACUUUAACUUCAACGCAGACCCAGAAGUCUCAACCCCAACCCCAGCAACCUCAGCGCAGAAAACACUGGACAAUCACGCGCGCUGGCACUAGCUCCGGUGGGGGGGGAAAGGGCAAAGAGAAGGAGAAGGAGAAGGAGGAUGUGGUGGGCGGGGUUGAGUAUUAUCAGAAUUUUUAUUCUUCUUCUUCUUCUUAUUCGACUGCGUAUUCGACUUUGUAUUCGACUUCGACGGCGUACCCUGCGCGGUAUAUGUAUGGGCUGCAUUCUCAGCACCUGCAGCAGGGGGUGCAGCAGGGGGUACACGCAGGCGCAGGAGGAGGAGGAGGAGGAGGGACGGAGAGCGGAUCAGGUCCGGGGACGGGGACGGGGGCGGAGCUCGGUAUGGGAUCUGGAACAGCAUCAGGCGCGGGAACAGGCACUGGAACAGGACCUGGACCAGCAACACCGACAGCAACACCGACACCAUGGUACACGCCUAGAGAAGCGUGCGUGCUUGAUUGGGGCGCGUAUGGGGUGCUUGGGGCGGGGUUGUGGGAGGGUGCUGGGGUGCGGGGUGGUGUUGGGGGUGUUGGUGUUGGGGGUGGUGCUGGUGGUGGUAGAACCGGAGCAGGAGCGGGAGAAGAGAGGGAUGUGGUGCUGGAUAUGGUCAGGGAUAGUUUGGACGUGUUGAGUGAGGAGGCUGUUAUGCGCGCUGAGCGCGCCAGCGCCAGUUCCAACGUUAACGUUAACGCAAGCGCCAGUACUAACGCCAACGCCAACGCCAACGCCAACGCCAGCGCAAACCCGACCGCAAACUACUUCACACCCCAGCGCGCAGCACAAGCCGAGGCGUACCUCCGCGACACCGUCUACGGCGGUCUGGAAGGGUUCGCGUACGUGCGGAGUGUGGCGGAGUUUGUGGAUGGGCGGGUGCGGGUGGAUGCGGAGGAUUAUGCGGAUGUUGAGCGGUAUGCGCGGGCGGGGGUGGGGGUGGGUGGGGAGCGCGGGGUGGAGAGGGGGCGCGGGGAGGAGGAGGAGGAGAGACAGGAGGACAAGGAGAGGGAGGAGAAGGAGGAGCAGAAAUACAACCCGCGUCUGCGGAUGCCGCUUGCAAAGUGGGUAGAGCGCAACGUUGUCGAUCCGCUCACGGGCGGCCGGCACGCGAUUCUUCGCGAGGCUGCGCGCGAGAUUGCGCGGCAGGCGCAGGCGCGGGCGUCGCGGGCCGGUGUGCCUUCGUCUGCACCUGCACCUGAACUCGACAUCGACGUCGGUCUGACGCAUAACCCAGACCCACGCACAAACACAAUCUCCUCGCAAGUAACUAAAUCCCUGCACAUCCACCCGCGCGCGCUCGGUGCGCUCGCGGAGCUUGCGAGAGUGAGAGGGGAGAAGAUUGAUAUGGGCGCGUUGAUUAGGAGGCCGGAGGAGCUGUUUGAGAGUGAGGAGGUUUGGGAGGGGAGGUGGGUGAGGGAGCGGAGGAGGGGUGGGGUGGGGGCGAGUGGGACGGGGGCAGGGGCAGUGGGUGGGACGGGGGUGGGGGCGGGUGCGGUGGGUGAAGGGACGGGUGGGACGGGUGGAGGGGUGAAAGAGGAAGAUGUGAAAAUGCGCGUUGUACAACCACAAGAAGAAGAAGAAGAGGAGGAGGAGGAGGAGGAGAGUGCGAUGGGAGGCGCGGGGAAAACGUGGGCUGGUGUCGAUUCGACGAUUAAGCAGGCUUUGGGUACUGCUGUCAGCGCGAAUGCGAAUGACGCUGCGAAUGCACCACAAUCACAACCAUUACAACCAUCAGCGCCAACAUCACAAACAGCAGCAGCACCAGCCACGGCGCCAACAACACAAGCACCUACGCCUACUCCAACAGCGGCACAAACACAAGCACCUACGCCUACGCCAGCUACAGCAUCAACACAACUACCACCAUCAGCACCAGCUACAGCGCCAACACAAACAGCUACAGCAACAGCAGCAGCAGCGGCAUACGAACAAGAAAGCCCAGAAGAGCUCAAUGAAGUGCUCGAUUAUGUAGCGGGCGUGAUUGCGCUUGUGGAUCGGAGGGUGCGUGAGGGGUUAAGGGUGCGGGUGGGCGCUGCGUCUGGUUCGGGGUUGGAUGCGCGUGGGUUGGAUGAGGGGGGUAAAGCUGAUGGGGAGAAGGAGGGGAAUAAGGAGGGGAAUAAGAUGCAGGUUGAUGGAGAUGAGGAUGAAAAUGGAGAUGUGGAUGGUGGGGAUGGAGAUGUGGAUGUGGAUAUGAAAGUUGAAGUUGAAGAUGAAGUUGAAGAUGAGGGUGCAGAGCCGCUGACGAAUCUAACGCCUGCUUCGACAGGUGCAAGUGUAAGCGCGCUUGGAAUUACCACCAUCGCGUCCGCGUCCGCGUCCGCCUCUCCAUUAGCCCCCACCCCUGCCCUUGCCCCUGCCCACCCCCAAACCCACAAAACCCACAAAACCCAAACCCAAACCCAAACCCAAACCGAACAACCUCAAACCCUCCCCCAAGAACCCCAAAAAGAAGAAGAAGAAGAAGAAGAAGACAAAACCCUGCACACAAUCCGGCUCAACCUCCUCGCUCUCUCCAAGCGCGCGCCGCUGGAUACGAUCGCGAGGUUGCAGGCUGAGCUGGUGCCGGAGUAUAUUAGGGGGGUUUUGAGGGGGUUUUAUUAG